UUCCACCAACUCACAAUGGCCGACGUAGAGGAAAAGACUCAGACACCCGCAGGAACACAAGAGGAGGAGCUCAACCCUGAUGGAACUCCCCUCUCGGACAACCAGAAGAAGAAGCGAGCAAAGGCAGCCGAAAAGGAGAGGGCCAAGGCCGAAAAGGCGGCAAAGCUGCAGCAGGAGAAGGCCACAAAGGAGGCAAACGAGGUCGACUUUGCAUCCCAGAAUUACGGAGAGCUGCCGCUGAACCAGUCGCAGGAGAGGCAUGGACGAACGUACGCCUCCCUCGAGGAGGUAAAGGCGGAGAACGAUGGUAAGCCCAUCUACUUCUCUGCACGAAUCCAGACUAGCAGAACGCCCUCGAGCAAGUUCGUCUUCUUGACGCUGCGCUACGGCUUUCACUGUGUACAAGCUGUACUCGCUCAGGCUCCCGAGCAGGUGUCCAAGCAAAUGACAAAGUGGGCUGCUCAGCUGCCUUCUGAGACCAUCGUCCAAGUCGAGGGUACCGUCAGCAAGGUUGCAAAGGCCAUCGAAUCCUCCACUGUCACCGCAAAGGACGCUGAGGUGAAGCUGUCCAAGAUCUUCGUCGUCUCGAAAGUUCAGCCUUCGGUCCCUCAGCCCUUCUACGUAGACGAUGCCACUCGCUCCGAUGCUGAGAUCGAAGCCAGUCAAAGCACAGACCGACCUAUGCCUGGUAUCCCCAUCGACCUGCGACUGGACAACCGUAUCCUUGACCUGAGGACCACUACCAACCAAGCCAUCUUCCGCAUCCAGCACGGAGUCUCGAAGCUCUUCAGAGAGUACCUGGAGAACCGGGACUUCGUGGAGCUCCACACUCCCAAGCUGCAAGGAGCCGCAACAGAAAGUGGAGCGAGUGUCUUCAAGGUCUCCUACUUCAAGGGCUCUGCUUUCCUCGCUCAGAGUCCCCAGCUGGCAAAGCAAAUGGCCAUCGCUGCCGACUUCGGUAAGGUCUACGAGAUCGGGCCCGUAUUCCGAGCAGAGGACAGUAACACUCCUCGUCACAUGACCGAGUUUACCGGCCUCGAUCUCGAGGUCGCUAUUGAGGAGCACUACCACGAAGUGCUGGAGCUGCUGGGUAAUCUCUUCAGUUUCUUGUUCCAGGAGCUGCCUAAGCGCUACGCACGGGAGAUUGCCAUUGUGCGCAAGCAGUUCCCGUCGGAGGACUUCCUCGUCCCUGACCAAGUCGUCAAGCUCGAAUUCCCUCAAGCUGUGAAAAUGCUGCGCGAGGCCGGACAAGAGAUGGGUGACUACGACGAUCUGUCCACAGAGCAGGAGCGAGUCCUUGGCCGACUGGUGCGCGAAAAGUACCAGACCGACUUCUUCAUGCUUGACAAGUUCCCUACGGCAAUCCGACCCUUCUACACUAUGCCUGACCCCAAGAACCCCAACUACUCGAACUCCUACGACUUCUUCAUGCGCGGACAGGAGAUCAUGAGUGGAGCACAGCGAGUCCACGAUGCUGACCUUCUGGAGAAGAGAAUGGGAGAGGUCAACAUCCCCGUCGAGGCCAUGAAGGAAUAUGUCGAGGGUUUCAGGCUGGGAUGCCCGCCUCAUGCCGGUGGUGGAAUUGGACUGGAGAGGGUGGUCAUGUUCUACCUUGGACUGGGCAACAUCCGAAGGGCAAGCAUGUUCCCACGAGACCCCAAGAGGCUGGCGCCGUGAGAUGUCACCAGGGAAGGCAUAGAGUAUCGUAUUGUAUUUGGACAGAAGAAAUCUCUGGAGGCAGGGAGAAUGUAAGAAUCGGGGGUAUAUCCUGCUGCCUCUGCUCGCUCGCAAUCUUACUACCUACACGAAGCCUUGCUGUGCC